CCCCAAACGAGUUGGAACGUGAUACCAGGUCCAAGGCGCAGAUGAGGUCAUCGACUGGGAGUGGGCUGGGCCUGGAGGCUUGCAGAAUUGUCCCCCCACACGAUCAUGAUGAAACGAGGUCGCCAAGCGUUAAUGGUGACAUAGGCAAAAGCAGG